CAAAGAUUUAAACCGUUUUGUUCAUCUAAAGCUUUUUUUAUCAAUGUAACAUUUUCUGUGUUUAGAGUUUUGGUUGGUUAUUUUUUUAAAUUAUGUUCAGCUUUAAAACAUUCUCUGAACAGCUUUUAAUAACGCCAAGGCACCUGCGUCAAGUCCCACAAAUUAGAGUAGAGUACAAACGGAAAUUGCUAUUUAAUUUCGGCGUAAACCUUUAAACUUUAAAUAAACGUAACUUGAAGAUGCAAAUAUAUGGUUUUAAAAUUGUUUCUAUCUUUAAUGUAACUAAAUUAUGUUUGCAAAACGUCGAUUUGGUUUUAUAAUAAAAAAUGAAGUAAUUUAAAUGAGCUAAGGCAAUUAUUUUGAAACGAAUAAGCGGAAGCCGUGCUUUUAUUUUGUCUGGCUUCCCUCUACUUUGGUCAGCCAGAGCUCCAACGGCUCACAGAGACAGCAGGAUGCCAAGCAGAGCGCUCCGACAUACGGCGUCCGUCUCAUCGUUUCCCGGCGUUGCUACGCGGCCACAAUAUCUCUGAUGGGGCGUUUUUAUCUUCUACUUUUUACCUCCCUCGACGACUGGAUAUUUUCGGAAUGAAGCGAAUGAAUCCACGCGGGAAGGCGCCCCCCACCAUGUGGCCGUCAGGUGUGGGCAGCAGGCAGCCGUGCCCGCGAGAGUCGGCCAUGCGCAGGGCGGCCGUCAGCGGCCACAUCAACGCCCUACCGCCUCACCACGUCCCCACCGGCCGCAGCGUGCGGGUCUUCAUCUGUGCCAACCCCGACGAUACAGAAGCAGAGAGGAACGCACUAAAGGAGCAUGUGUACCCCAAACUACGAGACUUCUGCAGGGAGAACUAUGGGAUUGAGUUCCAGGUGGUGGACCUUUACUGGGGUAUGGAUCCAGAGGAAUGGGACAGUCCGGAGCUGCAGAGACUGAGGAUGAAGCUCCUGGAGGAUUGUCUGAAGACCUCAGCGGGACCCUGUUUUGUUGGUCUGGUGGGAGAAAAGUACGGCAGCAUUCGAGUUCCAGGGGAGGUGGAAUCUGCUGAGUUUGAGAUGAUCUUGGACGCGUCGGUGGAGGCCGGGCUGGACACACACAUCUUGGAAGAGUGGUACUGCAGGGAUGAAAACUCUGUGCCACCCGCAUACUACCUCAAACCUAAAGCCCAAAUGCUGAAGAACUACCAGAACUCUAUGGAGUCAAGCAGCACAGCCAAGACCAAGAAUGACAAGGCCUGGAGGAACGUGUCAGAGGAGAUCAAAAAGAUCAUCCGUACAGCAGUGCUGCAGCUUCAGGAGAAGGGGACCAUGAAGAGCGCUCAGGCCAAGAAAUUUCUUUGCUCUGCCUUAGAAGAUGAACUAGACUUUGCCCUCGGCAAACAAACACCUGCCUUUCUCAGGAAAUGUGUCUGCUACAUUCGGAAGAUUUCCAACUUCGAUCGAUUCGCCAAACUCCCAGAGAUGGCUCGCUACAUGGACACCGUGGUGAGCAGUGAUCGGGUCAUGCGCAACCAAGAAGCCUACGAACGCCUCCUGAAGGUCAGGGAUGAGUUCAUCCCGACGAUUGUCGCUGCCUCCAAUCUCCGCGUAUACUCUUCUGUCACACACUGCGACAUGAAGCUCGGCUACUCCCAGGAGGUGGAGAGCCACUAUGUGGAAGGUCUGUGUAAGCAGUUCUACGAGGAUAUGGUGGACAUCAUCCAGGCCACAGUGCAACAGAACUUUGACACGGAGAUGGACCCUCUUUACAAUGAGAUCCUGCAGCACCUGUCCCUCUGUAAAACCUAUGCUGCACUGUACGAGUACAAAGGUGAGACGUUGGAUUAUGUGCAAGAGUAUCUGAUGCCAUCCAAGGGAAGUAGAAUUAAUCCCAUGGUGGUGUAUGGUGGACCUUGUACAGGGAAGACGCUGCUGCUGUCCGAGGUGGCAAAACAGGCCUACACCUGGCUUCAGAAAGAAAUGGGUCCUGAAGCCGACCCAGUGGUUAUUGUACGUUUCAUUGGCUCCACCCAGUCCUCCACAGAUCUACGCACCCUCCUUCAGUGCAUAUGUGAACAGAUUGCAAUAAACUACCGCUGCCUGAUUCACUUUUUGCCUAACAAAAUCCAGGAGAUGAGAGAACUCCUUAUCAACCUUUUAGGAGAAUCCUCAUUCCAUAGACCUUUGGUGAUUGUGCUGGAUUCCCUAGAGCAACUCUCAGAUGCAGAUGAUGCUCGCAAGUUAUGGUGGCUCCCUGUACACUUGCCAAGAACUGUACGCAUUGUUGUCUCAACGUUACCUAACAAACAUGGCAUCCUGCAGAAGCUUCGGCACUUAAUCCACGAUGAAGGGUAUUAUGUGGAGCUAAUACAGAGAGACCGAAAGAUUUGCAGCCAAACUUUGAAGCAGCAGUUGCUCGGUGUGAGGAGGAAAGUCACAUCAGGUCAACAGAUUUAUGUCAAUGAGGCCUUGGCAAAGUGCACAUUGCCGAUGUUUGUCAAUCUCAUCUACAGAGAAGUUGUUCAGUGGAGGUCUCAUAAAGAUGUUGAUGACAAGUCCCUAUGCUCUACGGUGCAUGAAAGUAUUGAGCAUUUGUUUUAUUCAGUGGAGAACAAGCUUGGCCAACGGUUUGUCUUCAGAGCAUUAGGGUAUGUCACCAUGGCAAAAGCUGGACUAACAGAGGUUGAAUUAGAAGAUAUUCUGUCCCUGGAUAAUAUAGUUCUUGGGGAUGUUUUAGUACCUACAUACCUCAAAAACCCGCUGAGAAUCUCCUAUGACUUGGUUGCAAAGCUCAAAGAGGAAUUGGAAGGGUAUCUUGUUGAACGUCAAGUUCAUAAUGUCACUCUGAUGAUCUGGGCCAACAGACAUCUCCAUCUCAUUGCCCAGAAGCUGUAUCUCAGCAAUGAAGAGGAUGUUCAUCAAAUGCACAGCCUCCUUGCUGAGUAUUUUUUAGGAGCGUGGUCUGGAGGCAGGAAGAAAAUCUUUACCUAUGAUAACAACCAUUUUACUUCCCUCAACAUAUCACAUCACAAAAACCCCCACCAUCAGCAGUCACAUGAAAAGGCCUCAUCAGAUAAGUAUUCCUAUGACAGGCAAACUCCAGAGCAGCCGUGGGUGUUUCAGUGUAACCUUUUGGAGCCUGAUAUCUUCUUUGUCAACCACAGAAAGAUGACAGAGUUGGUGUACCACCUCACCAGAAGUGGGCGCACUGAUGACCUCAUGUUUGGUGUCAUCAUGAACUUUAGUUGGCUUUACACAAUGAUUAAGAUUGGCCAGUUUGACAAAGCUUUAACUGAUAUUGACCUAGCUUACAGCUACACACAGGAAAAAGAGUUGAAGUUUCUGGCCACAACAUUGCGUAGCAUCAAGGUGAAAGUUCUUACGAAUCCAGCAUCACUGUCUGCAGAACUGCAGCAACGGCUUUUGCCAGUUGUCACCUCCCUCCCAAAGCUUAGACACUUACUCCUGGAGUGUGACAAAGAUGGUCCGAAGUACUGUUCAAUAGUGCCUCUUCACUCCUCUAUGGAUGUCACUUACAGUCCAGAGAGGCUUCCUCUGUGCUCUAGCUACAUGCAGAUUGUGGAGAUCUUGCCUACUCUAGCUCCAAACAUAGUCCUUGUAGCCUUGGAAGAUGGUUCUGUCAGUACCUGGGAUGUAGAGAGCAGACAACUACUGCGACAAAUCGACACAGCCAGAUCUGUUGUGCUCGGAAUCAAGUUAACCACUGAUGAGAAAUAUCUGGUUGUAGCUACAACCAAAAACACGCUGCUCAUCUAUGAUAAUCACAAGUCCUGCCUUUUAUCUGAAGUUGAAAUCAAGGGGUCCAAGAAUGCCGGAAUCACUGGCGGAGUGGCCUUCAUUAAUGGUUUCACGUUGUCCACCCAUCAUGCUCUGGCCUGGCUUGAGGCCAGUAAGGAUGUUAAUGUCAUUGACUUACUCUAUGGUUGGCCCCUUUACCAAUUUCACUGCUGGUAUGAGGUUACUUGUGUCCAGUGCUCCCCAGAUGGGAUGUAUGCCUUCUGUGGCCAAUACCUCAACACUGCAUCCAUUUUUCAUUUAGGAAAUGGUGACAAGCUUGCCACUGUGACCUCAGAGUUCUCUGGAGGAUUUGUCAAGUCUAUCCUGGUGCUGGAGACCCUUAAUCAAAUGGUAAUGAUUGACAAUGAAGGAAGUUUGUCAGUGUGGAACACAAAGGAGAUCACAAAUCCAAAGCUGAUGGAGGAUUAUGACUGUAGAGGGGAUGACAGUGAAGUGGUUGGCAUUGAGUUGUCAGAGGAUCAGCGCUCAAUUCUCAUCUGCAAGGACAGAAGUAUUGAAGUACUGGACACAAAGGUGUGGAAAAUGGUAGAGAAGUUCAAAGCCAAACGAAGUGAACGUUUUAUUGCUGCUGUCCUCUCCAAGAAUGGACAAAGCAUUGUGGCCUCCAUGGAGAACACCUCCUCAAUAUUUGUUUGGAGGAGGGACAGUGGCCAGUGCAUGGCCAGCCUCAUUGAGAUCUCAGGGGCUAUUGUCAAACUCAUUAAAUCUGUUCAUCACAAUCUAUUGCUUUCUGUUGCAAGCAGUGGAGUGCUCUCUGUUUGGGAUAUUGAUAUUAUCACUGCUAUGUCCAAUAUUGACAAAACAGGCAAGAAGAUUCAGACCUUGUUACUGUCAGGCAGAGAGGAUUAUGUGUUUACCAUGGAUGGUUCAGAAGCAGUCCACAAAUGGAACUUUGGCACAGGUUUUAUUGAAACAGUCUUCAAGCAUGAGGGUAUUGUAGAGAACUGCGUCCUAACGUCCUCAGGAGAUCUCAUGGUAACUUCAGACGACAAAUCUAGUCAAUAUAUUUGGCAAACCAAUACUGGAGAAAAUAUCUUCCGUAUCAGUGGACAGAGAAUAUCGCAGCUGCUAAUUACCCACAAUGACCAGUUUGUGGUAUCACUCUGUGAGCAAAAUGCCUCUCGAGUCUGGAGGCUUGCAACUGGGCACAAGGUCUGCAACAUCUUAGUCACACUCCAGAAUGCACUGAUCACCACAGCAAACACGUUUCUUGUGGGAACCUCCAAAAACAAACUGCUUGCUGUCAGUCUAUGGUCAGGGAGUGUGUCCAAGAAGUUUGUGUGUGAUGAUGGUAUUACCAUUGUCAACUUCAAGCUGAUUCCUGACUGUCCAGACUGUGCAGUGUUCAUCACAUCCACGGAGACUGUCUUCAUAUGGAAUGUGGCAGAUGAGACCAUUUGCAGGCGAGUUCAAUUACCAACCAACUUCCUUAAAAAUCUCGAGGACUUCCAGAUCUCCCCCAAUGGAAAACUAGGAAUUGUCUCAAAGGGUGAUGAAAACAUUAAUGUCCUGGAUCUUCAUAGUGGAAAACUCAGACUUGUUCACGCUGCUGGUAUCAUCUGGCGUCAGAAACUAUCAAGAGAUGGACGUUACUUAGUGUACAUCUGUUUCCAGAACAGUGAGGAAGAUGAUGAGGCUGGUGUUGUGUCCAGCCUGAUUGUGAUGCGCCUUGCUGAUGGUAAAAGCAUUGGCACCUGCUCGCUUUACAAAACUCCCACCUUCCUUUCUGUUUCUCAGCGAGCAUUAAACAUCAUAAUUGGCUUUGAAGAUGGCAGCAUUGGCACCUACACUGUGGUGGAUCGUGUGGAUGCUGCACUAAAGAUUAAGAUAGCCACUUCCAAUAGCCGUCAAAUUGUCAACAACGCAUCGCAAAAGGUGCGGCCCAAAUGCGGCAAUCAUUCCUUUAAGACUGUUGCCGACUGUACUUGGAGGGAAUCAACAGAGGUCUUCUCUAGGGACAGUCCCAUCAACGUGUCAGACUCUGGUGAAGGUGAAUCAACAACGCCAACAAAAAAGACUGAAGUGCUGCAGUGAUGGUUGAAAAACACAAUACCAGUGGACUUUCCCAGCUUGCAGGUUCAUGAGGAACCCAAUAUGGGAGGGUUUAACAGGUGGGUUUGGUUGAACAGAUUUGUUUUGGAAACAGGUGACCAAGUUUUGAAUCUCUGGGGUUGCAGCUGUUUCUUGUUUACAGCCAGGUGAUUCAGCUGCAGAUGUCAGCCCUCUGGGUACUUUAACGGGCCGACCAAUUUUAAGCUGCACUCAAGUUAUGUAUUUCUUCCAAUUUAUGAUACAGUUUUAGUCAAUUUUACAAAUAAAGACUGUUAAAAAAAAUCGUGUUUUGGAAAAGAAGAAAAAAAAUUAGCAUAAUUCUGUGAAUUAUUAGUAUGAUUAUUUGCCAUUAUGUGUCCUUUUUGCAUUUGAAGAACAGUGGUAUUUUUCAAAUGUCUUGUUCAAACAUUUUCAAAGCCAUUCCAGAAUUCUUAGCCAACUUCAUCUUACGCUAUUUUCAUUUAUGUUGUGCACAUUAAGCCAUAUCAUUGUUCUUAAAAGAUUCUUUCUAUGUUUGUAUGUACAUCAGACGGUACUGUAUAAAAUGGAAGUCCUAUGAACAUGUACAUAUCCCUUUUGGCUGCUACAAUUUGUGCAACCUCUUAUAAUUAAAAAAAAAUGUUAUGUUGUGCUUAAUGCAAUCAAAGUGAGUGCCUGGAAUUUAACAAAUGUUCUUUAUGGGCAGAUUACAAGAUGUGUGAAAAUGCAGGGGAUUUGCAGACACAUAUACAGUGAUAUAAAACUUGCAUUGACGAUAAAUCUAAAUGAACAGUUUACUGAACUCCAGUCAACAGCAUGCAGGAUCGACGGAAUUGCUCUUUGUAACGAUAGUUGUAGAAAUGUCUUGGAACACUUAGAUUUGUUCCUGCCUAUUUGUGUGCUGUUCGUUUCAAGGGAUUCACCACUAUUGAAGCAUACAGUGUAGCAUAGCACCAUACACAUUCACGCCUUAAAAGAAAAACAGUGUGACUUGCUUUAGUUUUUAAUUAGGUACUUUCAGAUGUUCAAAAGUAGAAGAGGAUAGUGUGAUUAACCGAGGGUUUCAAACACUGAAACCAACUUGGUUCUGUAAAUAUAUUUAGAGAUUCUAGAAAAUAGUUGCAAGCACUUUACCGGUGGUUUAUGAGAAAUUAUUAGACUUUAUUCAUAUGAAAUACUGUAUGGAUUAUUUAAAGUGAGCUUUCUUUGUCUUAAACAGGUACUGGAUUUGCCAAUUUAAAGACACAAGGCUGUUCAUGUACCUGCCAGCCACAGUUAACCUACUGAAUUGCUAAAUUCUGUUUACUCACAGUUUGUGCCUGCUGUAAACAAUUCACUGCAGAGAUGGGCAAACUGAAAAUCUAUGGGCUCAAAUACUAGUCAAAAAGUUUUGUUUUGUUUUGUUAAGAUAAUUUUUUUUAGAAA